UCCAAAGGGAAGGUAGAUGAGCUUCUCGGGAUAUAAAGAUCGGAGUCCCAGAUCUUCAACGUGCCUGCAGUCACAUCUUGUUCCCCGGGUACCUGGACCCACUGAGCCGCUUCAACACCCCUUCUUCCCGACAAUAUCCUAGGGUACAUCUUGCAGGGCAAAGAUGAGGCUCCUUAGUCUCAUUCUCCUCGUCUCUACCUGGGCCUGGGCCUGCAGCGCCCUCGUCAUCGAUACCGUAUCUCUAGGCCUUGCCGAAAACCAGCUAGCACAGCGCACCGACCCAUCGCUUGCCGGAUACCUGGGGGUCUUCUUCCUUGGCGCCGAUCCCUACGUCUACUUCUACCUCAGCAACGGCAACAACCCCAUCUCAUUCAAGGCUCUGAACAAGGGGUCACCCAUCUUUAAGCCGACCAAGGGGACAAGAGGCGUGCGGGACCCGACUAUCGUUCCGGGUGGAGGUAAUGAGGCUGAGAAGAAGAAGUGGUAUAUCAUCGGGACGGAUUUGAAUAUUGGGAAGACAACAUGGGACGCAGCACAACGAAAGGGCUCCAAGGGGAUCUUUGUCUGGGAAAGCACCGAUCUGGUCAACUGGGUCAACGAGAGACUGGUGGUGGUGGAAGACAACACAGCCGGUAUGGUGUGGGCACCUGAAGCGAUUUGGGAUCCGGCGAAGGGUCAAUAUCUCGUUCAUUGGGCUUCCAAAUUCUAUUCCACCUCCGACCCAAACCACACCGGCACCCCCUCUUCCAUCAAAAUCCGCUACGCCUACACCUCGGACUUCAAGACCUUCUCUACUCCCCAGACUUACAUCGACCGUUCCCCAACCAACAUCAUCGACCUUACCAUCCUCCCCCUCAACCCCCUCAACUCUUCCUCGCAAUCCUACCUUCGCUUCAUGAAAGACGAAUCCCUCAAAACCGUCUUCGUCGAAACAUCCACCACCGGCCUCUUCGGUACCUGGACGCGGGCCGGCGGGUCAUCAGCCAUCAUCCAAUCGGGUGUAGAAGGACCGGCGGCGUAUUGGGAUAAUACGGUGCCGGGGAAGUGUCAUUUGUUGUUGGACUUUUAUGGGAGUGAUGGGUAUAGACCGUAUGAGAGUAGUAACCCGGGGAAUAAUGGGGGGUGGACGGCGAGUGGGAGGGGGGCGUGGCCUAGUGGGUUGAGGCAUGGGAGUGUUUUGGCUGUGGAUCAGAGUCUUUAUCAGAGGCUUAAUUCGAAGUGGGGGUGAGUGAUUGGAAGUCUGGAAGUACGGAAGGACUGUCGGGGAGCUGGCGUGGCUGGAUGUUGAACGUGAACAAAGGGGGGAGGAAUGAAGAAAAAAACGAAGAGCGCAGGGGA